CGUUCCCUGUGGUAGCACCUUGACUGCAAUUCGAUGUGGCGUGUCCGACGUACCCGUGACAAGCUAGUGAUUUCAGACGUGCCAGUCGUCUUCGACGCAUUGCGGUGGCCAUUUUGGUUCCCGACAGGUCGCGCCAGCAUUAGGCCGCCAGAUCAGUGGAGCCCUGUGCAUCAUCUUGAUCUCUGCACCGCAGCACACCAUGAGCGCAGCUUUCCAAGUGGGCCCAAAGGGAGCCGCGACACGCGCUGAUGCCGACGCGGAAUUGUUGCAAGAGGAAGAGGAGGCUUACAGUUUGAUUGAUAAGUUACAGGAGGCUGGCAUCAACGCAGCCGAUCUGAAGAAGCUGAAGGAGGCAGGUUUCAACACAAGCCAGUCGGUCGUCUUCGCCAUGCGCAAAGACUUGCUCAACAUAAAGGGCCUUUCCGACCAAAAGGUUGACAAGAUCAUCGAUGCUGCCAGGAAGUCCACCGAGGCCGGUUUUGUCACGUGUACACAGCUCGUCGACAAGAUGAAGUCACGAUUCGCUCUCUCUACUGGCGCCUCUAAGCUAGAUCAGAUGCUCGGCGGCGGCGUGGAAAGUUGUUCCACAACCGAACUCUUUGGUGAGUUUCGCUGCGGAAAGACCCAGCUGUGCCAUUCCUUGGCCGUGAUGGCCCAGCUGCCUCCGAAUAUGGGCGGAGCGAACGGCAAGGUAGUCUACAUUGACACGGAGGGCUGCUUCCGGCCAGAGCGCAUCAAGCAGAUAGCAGAGGGGAAGGGAGUCUCGGCGGACGCUGCGAUGGAGAAUAUAAUUUACGCGCGGUGUUAUACAUCCGAGCACCUGGAGCAGCUGCUCGUUCAGGCCGCCAGCCUCAUGGUCACUGACGAGGACCGCUUCGCUCUGCUCAUAAUCGAUUCCAUCAUGGGCAUAUUCCGGGUCGAUUUCUCUGGGCGGGGCGAGCUGUCAGAGCGCCAGCAGAAGUUAGGCCGUGUCCUCAGCAAGUUGCAGAAAAUGAGCGAGGAGUUCAACAUAGCCGUCGUCCUCACCAACCAGGUGAUGGCAGACCCUGGCGGGGGCUGCGCGUUCAUGCCCAGCCACCCAAAGCCGAUCGGAGGCCACGUGCUCGCGCACUUCUCGACGACGAGGGUGUUCUUGAGGAAGGGCCGUGCGGAGCAGCGCGUCGCGAAGAUCUACGAUUCGCCUUGGCUUCCCGAGGCCGAGAGCGUGUUCGAGAUAUACGCAGGGGGCGUUCGCAACGGGACCGAUUGAGCGCGCUCCGUGCGCGGACGUAGUGGCAACGUGUUCCGGCUAGAUUUACCCCUUCUUACCAUCACAGGGGGCCGCCCGAUUCAUCGGGCUCCAUCCGUGACGCUAGUAGAAGUUCAUCUUCUGCCGAGAAGUUCAGAGUGCGGAAAUUGACCCCUGCUAGGAUCUCCGCUGCCAUCCUUCUCCAAAGUUGCUGCCGGAUGGAGGGCACAAUGGAAAGUGGAUGAUGAGUUUGAUUUGGCAUGGCUUAGUAGAGCGGGCGAGAGUCAAGACUCACUCUGUAAUUAGAGCGUGCUGCCAUGGGCUGGUGCACGGACGCGCGAGGGGACAUUCGGGGCAUGCACUACGAGCGGGAAGCUUGUGACAAAAAAAGACGCGACAGGCGUGCUAGGCGGAUUGCCCGUGCCGGGCGGCCUUCUGUAUUCUAGACGUCUUGAGCGAGCGUUGGAACAACGAACA